UACCCAAUGAUUCUGUCCUCAGGCACAUAAAGCCUGCAACACUUGUCACCCUGGGCAGUGAUCCCUCUCUACUUUGACCAGUCAACAUGAUCACCCUCUGGCUCUGCGUUGCAGCGGUGCUGGCCGCUUCUCCAGCUCAUGGGGAGGAUAUCGUACACGUCCUCAGACUUUACCCAGCUCCGAAUAGCACUCUGGCUGGAGUCAUCCAGGUCACCCGGAUGGAUGACCAGCAGCAGCCUCAGUAUGCUUACAACGCCUCCCAGGCCAGGGAGUUGUGUGAGCGUCUCGGACUGGCGAUCGCCACCAAGGCUCAGGUGCAGGAGGCGCUAAAAAGGGGUCUGGAGACCUGCAGAUUUGGGUGGGUGGACGAACAAAUCGCAGUGGUUCCUCGCAUCAAUCCUCGAAAGAUUUGCGGCCAAGGCGGGGAAGGAGUAGUGACAUGGAGAGCUGAUGUCGCCAAAGAGUUUGAUGUUUUCUGCUACAAUUCCUCAGCUGAAGGCGCUGAACCAAGCAACGACACAGCAGAAGUAAUCGUCAAGUCCAUGAAUGUUGUCACAGAGGUCAUGAUGCUCCAGGAGGCAGAACUGUCGGCUCGGUUAGUGGGCAGCGAAGAACGCUCUUCCGGAGGAAAGGCCGUGCUCAUCACAGCGGGAUGUGGGCUUUUCCUCGUCGCUGUCAUUGUCGUAGUAUACUUGAAAUUAAGGAGACGAAGAACUGACCGCCAACAGGAAGACAUGGAGGCAGAAUGAGUGGCGAAGCGAUGACGGCGACGACGAUGAUGAUGAAGAUGAAACAAUGCUCGAAAAAUCAAUAACCAAUAGCUAGCUUUUUAUUUCUAUUUUUAUUGAGCAACUCUGUGGUCGCUCUUUUUACAAUGCAACUUUACAAUGCAAUUUAAUUUUUCAGUGAGUUAUAAACAAGGCACAUUUUCAUUAAUUGCACAUAAGAACAUAUUGUCCAAAUGAUUCAAAUAUAUUUACAAUGUAAAAAUGUAUAUUUCACUCAGCAAUCAUUUUUAAUAUGCAAACAUUGCGCUGACAUGUUGCCGAUGGCUGUUUCUGUUUAAUUCUAACUGGAAAAAUAAAGAUGAAGACUUG